UUAGCCUAUCGAUUCAACAUUUCACUCUUAUAAAUACGCUUCGUUGCUGCUUGUAAAACACUCACAUCACAACACAGCUGAAGAGACCGUCUCCGAGAAGAUAAAAAUCUAUCAAGAAUGUUGAAGUUUAUCGUACUUGUCGCCAUCUGCAUUGUCGGAGCAAAUGCCGCCUGCACCAUGGAUGGAAUUCUGGGAUGUAUCCCGAAAGUUCACUUUACUCCUCAUCCAACAAAUGCGCAGAUCUGCAACGCUAUCGGCAAAGCUGAUAAAUGUAUCGCUGGCAUCGGAUGUGAUAUGAGCCUUGCAGAUAAACUUUUUGCCAAACUUUGUGGACCUAAAACCAGUUGCGACAUUAAACAAGCUGUCAAGUGCAUAUACUUAGCUUCACCAGCAGCCCCUGCCGGUUAUCAUAUGCUGCAAGGUGUUGUGCGUGACUUCAAAACGUGCAUGGUCGGCGCCGGUUGCAAAAACAGUGCAGGCAAAAUCUCUAACCAAAUAUGUGCUACUGUUUAAACGAGAUGAAAGAAACACUACUGAAACACAACUGACAUACCAAUUGGAUCUUCAAACAACCUUUUAUUAUUUCCUCUUCCUUCCGAAACGUUUCUCCAAUAAAACUUUGCAAAAUUA